AUGGCUACCCCUAGUGUCCUAGCUUUUGACGCUGAGGGUCGCGCCAUUGACUUUGAGGUCUGGGUCGACGACCUGCAGCUGUUCUUACAGUGCGACAGAGCAGACGGCCUUUCUCUCUUUGACCUCACUUCUGGUGCCUCUCCUGCCCCUGCUGCUGAUGCUGAUCCCACUGUGCGCUCUCAGUGGGCCACCCGCGAUGCUGCUGCACGUCUUGCUGUGCGUCCCCACCUCCCUACCUCUGAGCGUGCGCACUUUAGUCAGUACAAGAGUGCUCAGACCUUGUACGACGCUGUAGUCGCGCGCUACUCCUCCCCUGCCACUGCUGCACUGAGCCUCGGGCGCCUCCCUGUCUCUCUUCGCGUAGUCAGGGACCACUUUCCCGCGGUCUGUCCCACCACCCUCACCGUUGACAUCCUCGAGAAGGCCCUCCUCGCGGCGGAGAAGAGCAUCGUCGCUGUAGGAGCUUCUCGUGGUGACCCUCGCACCCCCAUCUUUGAGGGGUGCUCUCCUUCCCCCCUCCUGCCCUCUGUUGCCUCUGCUGCUGCUGCCGACCUGCUUGGUCUCGAGUCGGUUGGCGCGGCGUCUGCCCCUAGUGGGAGACGCCGCACUGGCAAGGGCAAGGGGGGCAAGGGCGCGGGUGGAGCUGGAGGGGGCGGUGGAGGUGGCGGUGGAGGCGGCGGAGGGAGUGGGGGUGGCGGCGGGAGUGGUGGAGGGGGUGGUGGUGGUAGUGGUGGCAGCGGCGGAGGAGGCGGCGGUGGUGGCGGCAGCGGUGGUGGUGGCGGCAGUGGUGGCGGUGACGGUGGGGGAGGCGGCGGCGGAGGAGGCGGUGGUGGCGGAGGAGGUGGAGCUGGUCUGGGCGGUACCCAGCAGCGGAGCGGCGGUGGUGGUGGUCAGCGCUCGCAGCAGCAUCAGCAACAGCGUUCGCGCGACAUCCCUCCGCCCCAGCAGCUCCGUGAGUGGUACACUCGACGUCAGAGGGGUGGGGGUACUGGUCCUUGUACCUACGUCCUUCGCUCUGGCGACCGCGCGGGUGAGCAGUGUGGGGGUGCCCACCCCACCCAGCGCUGCUUUGGCCGCCUGACGGACGCUUGGCGUCAGCAGUUCCCCGGGGCUAGUGAGAUCCCUCGCUGGGAUGAGCUUCUUAGGGCUGGUGUAGCGAUCUUUGAUCUUGAUUUUGAUGCUAUCUUUGCUGCUAUGUAUGCUGUGACUAUUAGUGAGGAGGGAGACUGUUACCGGUGUUUCCCGCCCGACCCGGGCAUUGGUACUGCUGCGCUAGGUGCUUGUGAGGCUGCUGCUCUAGGUGCCAGUGCGUCUGCGCUCUCAGGUGCUGGUGAGACUGCGCUCUCAGGUACUGCGUCGCCUUCGUCCUCCCUCACUUUCACACUUGACUCCGGGGCUUCUCGCUCCUUCUUUCGAGACCGCACCACCCUCACGCCGCUUGGCCGGCCGGUUGCGGUCUCCCUGGCUGACCCCUCUGGGGGUCCUGUCCUCUCUCACUUCUCCACUGUCCUCCCGUGUCCGGCUGCCCCCUCGGGCACCCUGUCUGGUCUGUACCUUCCCUCUUUCUCGACGAACUUGGUGAGUGGUGCGGACGUACAGAAUGCGGGGGUUCACCAGUUCACUCCUGCGAGUCAGCGGGUGACCCACUGCACGGACGCACGCACAGGCCGGCACCUGGCCACGUUCUCGCGUCGGCCGGGGUCGAGCCUCUACACCCUGACCACUACGUCUCCUCCUGUCCCUGCGUCUGGUCAGGUAGCUGCGUCAGGUCAGGUGUUUGCUGCUGCGUCCCGGUCAGGUCUUGAGUCUGCCCCCUGUUCGUGUCGCCUCCUGUCUCACGAGACUCUCCUGUGGCACCACCGUCUGGGCCACCCCUCCUUGCCCCGUCUUCGGAGCAUGGCUUCCCGUGUCCUUGUCUCUGGUCUUCCCCAGUCUCUCCCUCCCCUUCCUUCCGGGCCAGGACCUUCCUGUGUCCCCUGUGUCGAGGGGCGCCUCCGGGCUGCUCCUCACUCCUCCCAGUUCCCCCCGACAAAGGCUCCUCUGCAGACGCUUCACAUGGACGUGUGGGGCCCAGCCCCCGUCCGUGGGCAGGGUCACGAGCGCUACUUCCUGUUGGUUGUUGACGACUACUCGCGUUACACCACAGUCCUCCCCUUGCGCAGCAAGGGUGCUGUCACUGAGGUGCUGAUCGACUGGAUCCGCGAGGCUCGUCUCCAGCUCAGGAGGAGCUUCGGCUCGGACUUUCCUGUUCUGCGUCUGCACUCGGACAGAGGCGGGGAGUUCUCCUCUCGCCUUCUGCGAGACUACUGUCGUGCACGGGGGAUCCGCCAGACCUUCACGCUUCCGGACUCUCCACAGCAAAAUGGGAUUGCUGAGCGCUGCAUUGGCAUGGUCAUGGAUGUCGCUCGUACGUCCAUGAUGCAUGCGGCUGCCCCCCAUUUUCUGUGGCCGUUUGCGGUGAGGUACGCGGCGCAUCAGCUCAACCUUCACCCCAGGGUCUCUCGGCCCGCAAUGUCCCCAGUGUUACUGUGGACGGGGAAGGUCGGCGAUGCGUCUGCGUUCCGUGUCUGGGGAUCUCGGGCGUUUGUCCGCGACUUGUCUGCGGACAAGCUGUCCCCUCGUGCUGCUCCCUGUGUCUUCCUUGGCUUCCCCCCUGACGCUCCAGGGUGGCAGUUCUACCACCCCUCCUCUCGUCGUGUUCUGUCCUCCCAGGACGUCACGUUCGACGAGUCAGUCCCCUUCUACCGCCUCUUCCCCUACCGCACUCCUUCCCUUCCCCCACCACCGGACUUCCUUGUGCCGGUAGACGCAGUUGACCCGGUCGAGGUUACUGGUGACUCUGGUGCUGCUGCGGGUGCUGAGCCUGGGGGUGCUGACUCUGGGGGUGCUGUGCGCGGGGGUGCCGAGCCUGGGGGUGCUACUGCGGAGGGUGCUGGGCCUGGGGGUACUGACUCUGGGGGUGCUGUGCGCGGGGGUGCCGAGCCUGGGGGUGCUACUGCGGAGGGUGCUGAGCGUGGGAGCGCUGAGCCGGGGGGUGCUGUGCCUGGAGCUGCUGAGCUAGGGGGUGCUGCGUCUGGAGCUACUGGGCCUGGGGGUGCUGCGUCUGGGGCUGCUGAGCUUGGGGUUUCUCCUGGUGCUGCGCGUGCUGCUGGAGAUGGAGCUUCUUCGACCGUCGAGGGUGCUGGUGCCGCCGGUCCCGGAGCUGCUGGGCCUGCGGGUCCUACUGGAGCUGGGGCUGCUGAGGGUGGUAGUGAUGAGACUACUGCUGUCUGUCCUCGCGGUGGUUCUCCUGCUGGUGCUGCUGGAGGUCCACCCGCUGGAGGUGUUGGUGGCGCAGGUGCUGCCGCUGAGGGUGCUCGUGCUGUCCCUGCUGAGUCUAAAGCUGCCGCGCGGCCUCGACCGUACUUCGUUCCGCUCCUGCAGCAGGUUCUUGGUCUUUCUCCUCCGGUAGAGUGUCCACAGCCUGUCCAGUCGCAGUCACUGUUGGAGCCUUCCUCCCCUCUACCUGCUCCCUCUCCUUACACUGGUCCUACUGGAGGUCUUGCUGAGCGUCGUGAGCCUACGUCUCGUCCCGCGUCGCCUGUUCGUGCUGCUCGCGCUAGUGGUCGCGGUUCGCGUCAGCGUCCUCCUCCUGUCCCUUGCACGCACCGGAUGUCUCUGCGUCCGUCCACUGCUCCUCUGCGUGCCCCUUUGCCUUCUCCUCCUGAGUCCUCUCUUCCUGCGCUUGCCGACGCUGAGUCAGACUCCCUUCGUGCUGCCAGUCCUACUGUCACGCGUCUGCUUGCCAGUGUCGUCACUGACCCCUCGUUUGAGUCCACUGCUGCGUCUGCUCUUGUCGUUGAGCUCGUCGACUUUGCUGCUCGCUGUCGUCUAGACUACGCUGCUAGUCUUGUUGCUGAGUCUGCGUCUGUCUGUCCUCCGUCCGUCGGGGACCCGGAUGCACUAGACAUCCCGACUCCGCGCUCUUACGCGGAGGCCGUAGAGGGUCCCUACUGCUCUGAGUGGCAGGCAGCUAUGGAUGCAGAGAUGGCUUCCUGGAAGUCCACAGGCACCUACGUUGACGCGGUUCCCCCUCCUGGGGCGAACAUCGUCAGUGGCAUGUGGAUCUUCAGGGUGAAGCGGCCGCCGGGCUCUCCACUUGUCUUCAAGGCGCGGUACGUCGCUCGUGGAUUCAGUCAGCGGCAGGGAGUUGACUACUUUCAGACCUUCUCUCCCACCCCGAAGAUGACCACUCUUCGGGUGCUGCUGCACAUAGCCGCUCAGCGCGACUACGAGCUUCACUCUCUCGACUUCAGCACUGCGUUCCUGCAAGGUAGCCUGCACGAGGAGAUCUGGCUGCGCCGUCCACCUGGCUUCACUGGGACUUUCCCUCCUGGCACCCAGUGGAGCCUCCGACGGCCAGUCUACGGUCUCCGCCAGGCACCGCGUGAGUGGCACGACACACUGAGGACUACGCUUGCGGCUCUUGGGUUUGCUCCUUCUACUGCUGACCCGUCGCUGUUUCUGCGCACCGACACUUCACUGCCGCCGUUCUACAUCCUCGUGUAUGUCGACGACUUGGUCUUUGCCACAGCGGACACUGAUGGACUCGCCUACGUGAAGUCCGAGCUGCUGAAGAGACACACGUGCACAUACCUGGGUGAACUGCGCAGCUACCUUGGCUUGCAGAUCACUCGGGACAGAGCACGCUGCACCAUUACCUUGACUCAGUCACACAUGGUGCAGCAGGUCCUUCAGCGCUUCGGCUUCACGUACUCCUCGCCUCAGGCCACUCCUCUGUCUACCCGCCACUCACUCUCAGCUCUGCCUUUGGAUGAGUCCGUAGAGUCGAGUGGUCCGUAUGCAGAGCUUGUUGGCUGCCUCAUGUACCUGAUGACCUGCACACGACCUGACCUUGCAUACCCUCUGAGCAUUCUUGCACGCUAUGUUGCUCCUGGGAGACACCGACCAGGGCACAUGGCUGCAGCGAAGAGGGUAUUGCGCUACCUGUGCAGUACGUCGGGCAUGGGGCUAGUGCUUGGAGGGCGGAGUCCAGUGGUCCUUACAGGUCACGCGGACGCUUCUUGGGCUGACGACCAGGCUACGCAGCGGUCGUCACAGGGUUACACCUUCAGCCUUGGUUCCGGCUCUGUCUCGUGGCGGGCUACUCGUUCGUCUUCGGUUCUCAGCUCCAGCUGUGAGGCUGAGAUCUACGCAGGGGCCAUGGCUGCAAAGGAGCUUCGCUGGCUCACCUACCUGCUGACUGACCUUGGAGAGCCGCCUCGUUCUCCUCCAGUGCUGUACGUAGACAACAAGGCCAUGCUGGCCUUGUGUUGA